AUGCGUCCCGCCGUCCUCGCUCUCUCCAUGCUGGCUGCCAACGCCGCAGCCUGGCGAUGGUCUUCCCAGCAGUGCUCUGCUGAGACUGUCACCGUCACCGUCACGGCCCCCGCUGCCCCCGCCACCACCUCGGCUGCCAUCGUUACCAUCUCCAGCGCCGAGCAGGUCCAGGCCUCCACCCUCGUGACCAAGAAGUCCACCUCCGCCGUCGCCGUUCCCGUCACCACCACCGCUGCCGCUGCCCAGCCCACCUCUGGUACUGGCUCUGGCAGCCUGACCACCGACCAGCAGGCCGCCCUCGACGCACACAACGCAGCCCGUGCCGAGGUUGGCGUCUCCAACCUGGCCUGGGACUCCAGCCUCCUCGCCGAUGCUCAGGCUUACGCUGAGAAGCUUGCUGCUAGCGGCAACCUGGUUCACUCUGGCGUCUCCGGCCUCGGCGAGAACCUGUACAUGCAGUCUAACACCGACAACGCUCUCGUCAACGCUGCCAACGCCUUCAUCUCCGAGAAGAGCAGCUACAACGGCGAGGUGAUCGACUCAUCCAACUACAUGACCUUCGGCCACUACACCCAAGUUGUCUGGUCGUCUACCACCAAGGUUGCCCUUGCCUCUGCCAAGGGAUCCAAGGGAACCUUCGUCGUCGCCCGCUACUCUCCUCCCGGCAACUACAUCGGCCAGAAGCCUUACUAG